AGCAGAUACCAGUUUAUGGACAAAUCCUUCAUCAGCAUGGGUUGUGGGUCGUCCCAAACGGAAUCCAGGGCACCGGCUCCGCAAACAUCGGAAACCCCCCGGGCUGUCGAAAAUAACAACAAACAGAAGGAAGAGGUGAAGAAAGAAGCUGCUGUUUCUGAGGAAGAUAUUAAACAACAGAAAUUUCGCGAAGAAGUGUUAGCCAGCCACAACAAAUACCGGGCCAAACACGGGGCUGAAUCUUUGACCCAAGCAGCAGACCUUGACCUAAUCGCACAGAAUUGGGCUGACCAUCUCGUCAAAAACGACAUAUUCGAACACAGCAGCACCGAGUAUGGAGAAAACCUUUGGGGAGGAGGACCGAACGCUACUGGUAAAGAGGUGACGGAAGCUCAUUACAGUGAAAUCAAACACUACAACUUCGCAAAUGGGGGGUUCAGCAUGGAAACAGGUCACUUCACACAGGUGGUAUGGAAGGGAAGUAAAGAACUGGGCACCGGAUACGCGCGAAAUAAUAAUGGCAUGUCAGUCGUCUGCUGUAACUACCGUCCGGCCGGAAACAUGCAGGGCAGCUUCGCAACACAGGUGUCGCCACCGUAAACAUUUCCGGUUUCCAGAACAAGAAAUAUCAUUUAGAGUUAUGGACAUGCUGAGCGGCCAAUCAUUACAGCAGCGUACCUAACUUUGCCAUCACCUAAUACACUUACAUCUACAUCAAACACAUGACUAUAUGUAACAGUUCUUCAUUCAGGUAUAGAUUUAUAAAUGUUAUAGUGUUAUCUCAUUUAAGUUAGAGUGUCCUUUUGUAGUAUUAAAUUUAACUACAAAGAGACAACCAAAUUUGAUAAUCAGGAAACUUAUCGCUUUUUUCCGGUUGCAAGCACAUGGCUUUUUUUCACUGAUCGCUGUAAACAGGACGGACGUCACGGUGUGAUGUUGUCGUCCAAUAGUAUCGUUACGUAACGUCAUAACCGGUGUAUCAGCCAAUGGAAUUCUAGAAUUCUUACCCACAUUUGAUAACAAGAGAUCUCUAACUCAAACGAAGGGAAUGUUCCGCGUGACUCGUGAUUGAGGAAUCAGGAACUGGCUAUGGGAGGAAACAGGAAGUGAUUCUGGGAGAACACGAUUGGAAAAGUUAUAACAGGAUUUGUGUUACUCCUAAUUCUACUCAGCCGGAUUUCGAUUAUGUGAAUGGUGAACAGUUAAUGUUCAUGGUGUUAAUAGCUUAAUCCAAGGCAAAUCUGUGAUAAAGUCUAAUCAAUAUAGUAUAUAUAUUUUCUUAACGACGAUUUCGAGAUGUUUACACUGCCUGUGUGUGUAGCUUUUAUAAUAUUAAAAUGUAA